AACACAUUGAACGCUGCGCGGUCGGAACAACUACUGGCGUUAACUGGCGCUGAAAAUGAGGCAGGCUGUUUUUACCGAAACUACCAGCAGAACUCUCUAGGAACCUCUAAAUGGAGAUGUCAUAUUUCAAGAACAAUUUUUGGGGGGAGAAGAAUGCAGGUUUUGACGUUCUCUACCACAACAUGAAGCAUGGACAGAUCGCCACCAAAGAGCUGGCUGAGUUUGUGCGCGAGAGGGCAGCCGUUGAGGAGACUUACUCGAAGUCCAUGAGCAAACUGGCCAAGAUGGCCAGCAAUGGAAGCCCUCUGGGCACUUUCGCCCCCAUGUGGGACGUGUUUCGCGUGUCCUCGGACAAACUGGCCCUCUGCCACCUGGAGCUCAUGAGGAAAAUGAAUGACCUCAUCCGUGACAUCAACAAGUACAGCGAUGAGCAGGUCAAAAUUCACCGCAAGACGAAAGAGGAAGUGAUCGGUACCCUGGAGUCAGUGCAGUCUCUUCAGGUGCAGAACGGCCAUUUGCAGAAGACCAGAGAAGGAUACCACAGCAAAUGUGUGGAGCUGGAGAGACUGCGCAAAGAGGGAGUGCCACAGAAAGAGCUGGAAAAGGCUGAGCUGAAAUGUAAGAAGGCGGCUGAGUCUUUUGCAGGGUCUAUAGAGAAGUUUAACCGUGCCGGAGGAGACUUUGAACAGAAAAUGAGUGAAUCAGCACAGAAAUUUCAGGACAUUGAGGAGGCUCAUUUACGACAGAUGAAACUGCUGAUCAAAGGGUACUCACACUCCAUCGAGGACACACACGUACAGGUUGGGCAGGUCCAUGAGGAAUUCAAGCAGAACGUGGAGAACAUUGGCAUCGAGAAUCUCAUUCAGAAGUUUACAGAGCAGAAGGGAACAGGGAAGGAGAGACCUGGUCCAGUAGGGUUUGAGGAGUAUCUGUCCUCACUGGCAUCCGAGAACAGUAAAAAGAGUCGUGCUAAAGCUUUCAGGAUCCCUGGCCUGGGAAAGAGAGACAAGGAGCCAGAUUCAACGGAUUCAGCUGUUGCAGACGCUCUUAACUCACCCCUCGAAGUGGACGAUGAGGGCUUUGUCAUUCGUGCAGACGUCAAACAGAAUGGUUGUGCUGCUGAGGAGAAGGAGGGAAACUUUUACUCCAGUGACUCGGAUUUCGAUGACGAAGAACCCAAGAAGUUUCACAUCCAGAUCCGCCCAGUCGCCAGCAGUAACCGCAGCAACUCAGCAGCCAAUGAGCAGGAGCUGAAGGCCACAGUGGGGGCGUUGACUCUGCCCCCGAACAGAGCGGUGUCAGUAAAGAAGCAGCUCUCACGAAACUCGAGUUCAGCAGGUCGAUCUGAAGGGGAAGGGGAAAGUGUUCCCCAGAGAGAUGGAGAACAGGAGGGUUUGCGCAGAUCCACGUCCAGUCCAGAUCACAGCAGGUUGAGUUCUACAGCAUCGGGUUCAGACGCUCUGUUUGGACCUCCUCUGGAAUCUGCCUUUAAAUCGCACAGUUUUUCUGGCAGAGAGCAGCUCCAGAACGCCUUUGCAGCUUCUGAAUACGGAGCAUUCUCUUCAGAUUCAUCGUCUCCUGAGAAUGUGGAGGAUUCUGGACUGGAUUCACCUUCUCAUCAGCCCCUUGGAGUUUCCCCAGAGCCCACUGGAUGGGCAGCCUGGCCAUCUACUCAAUCCCAAUCUAAAGACUCAAUAAAUUUGAGCCGAUCCUCAGACCCGUUCCUCGCCGCAUUCCGCGACCCUUCGCCUGGUCGCUCUCCACUCCCCCAGGACGACUCCACCAACGUUUGGCCCUCCAAUCUGCGUUCUCCACGUGCUCCACCUGACGUCGAGCCCACCACUUUCAGCUUCCCAGCCUUUUCCCACAGCAUAGCAUCUUCAGAACUGGAGCCUUCUGUCUGGAGCUGUAAACACAUUCCUCCAGAAGACCUUUUUCUUGCUGCUUUUGAACGCUCCACCCCCAAGGACAACCUGCCUCCAACUGAUGCCUGGGCUCCGCCUCCACCUCGGCCCAGGGAAGCCAGGACCGAUCCCUUUUCUGUUCCUCUGAAUGACACUAAAACCCUUCCUCCUCCAUCCUCUUCGCGCAAGGAGCGGGACAGAAAAAGAGAUCGUAGCGUCCCUCCUCCCGAGUCCCCAGAUGAUCCUUUCGCUAUUACUAUGAUUGGAAGUCCAACACACCAAUCAAUGCAGGCAGCAGCACAAGGCAGAGGUGGGAGUAAUAGACCGACGCCUAGUCCUAACUCCGCCCCUAGUUCUCAGUCGAAGAAAGAGCUUGUGCACUGGAACUCUGUUCAUAACCCCUUCACUGAGGGCACUACCAAUAACACUGUCACACAAGAGUCGACCAGAAAACAGAGAUCCUUUAACGACGAGCCUCGCAGGAAUGGACCACCACUCACACGGCAUUCUGGGCCACAAGAGGACCUCUGCUUCUCUACAGACAAAGACCAGAACUUCCUGGAUAUUAACACACCACCAGUCUCACAGCAUGGUUUCAGGCAAGACAGCUCUGAGCGUCUGGCUUUGGCUCCUCCGCGGUCGGUUCGGUCCAAGCGCUCCUCAGGCAGGCUAAGCGGCUGCGAGCGGUCCAGGUCUCUGUGCUCAUCUCCUCUGCCGGACCCCAGUCCUCCUCUCACCUCCUCCUCCUCCUCCAGCCCCAGUGAUUGGGGGGUGCAGAACCGCAUCCCCAGUCCAGCUCGAGCAGGUCUGUCUCGAGGACCCAGUCCUAUUUCUCUGAGUGCUCAGGAGUCUUGGCCUGUAGCCGCAGCCAUUACCGAAUACAUCAAUGCCUACUUCAGAGGAGGAGAACACAACCGGUGUCUGGUCAAGGUCACCGGUGACCUCACUAUGUCGUUUCCUGCUGGCAUCACCCGCAUCUUCACUGCUAACCCCAAUGCACCAGUGUUAAGCUUCAGACUGGUGAACAUCUCUCGAGUCGACCACUUCUUACCCAACCAGAAGUUACUCUACAGUGACCCGUCACAGAGUGAUCCGGACACUAAGGAUUUCUGGUUCAACAUGCAAGCUUUAACGCUUCACCUGCAGAGAGAAGCAGAGCUCAAUCCACAGGCCUCGUAUUACAACGUGGCUUUGCUCAAAUACCAGGCUUCAUCUCAGGAUCCGUCUAGGGCUCCUCUUCUGUUGUCUGCUGAGUGUCAGCGCAGUGGGACGGUCACCCGCGUCUCUCUGGAUUAUCACUGUUGUCCCGCCACUGCACCCGCCACACAACUGACCUCAGUACAGGUGCUGCUGCCCCUCGACCACAGCGCCACCGACCUGCAGUGCCAACCAUCCGCAGCCUGGAACGCAGAGGAGCGCCGACUACUCUGGAAACUGGCAAACCUCUCGCCAACAAACCACAGCAAAGGCUCUGGCACGCUGUGCGCCAGCUGGCAGUGCCUGGAGGUUCCCCGUGGUCCUGCCCCGAGUCUGGCAGUGCAGUUUGUGGGCUCGGGGGCGUCUCUGUCAGGCCUGGACGUGGAGCUGGUGGGCAGCAGAUACCGCAUGUCUCUGGUCAAGAAGAGGUUUGCCACAGGAAAGUACAUGGCCGGCUGUUCUUUAUGAGUGACGAUUGCUGCUCAGACAACACAGAGACUCAACGUUUGCACUUUUAAACCUACCUGUGGAGAUGGAGAAACCCUGAAGAGGGAGAGCAGUGUACAUACUGUAGGGUGUGAUGUGUGGGACGUCGCUAUUACCCAUGAUGCAUAGCUCUAGGACAGCACUGCAAUUGUGGACCACAACAAGCCUCUACUCUUUUAUCUGUUUAACAAUCAUUUGUUCAGUGCAAAAAAAAAAAACCCCAAAAAAGCAACUCUUAAUUCACGUUUGAUCAGCCGGAUGUACAUUUCUUCAUUUCUAGUGGACAUUUGUGAAUGAGUAUGUAUGUAUGAUAUAAAAUUGAGUAUUCUGAAGAGAUUUACUAUAUAUAUAUAUGAGAACAAAAAAAACAGAGUCUGUGAGUUUCUAACAGACACAAAAGUGGUUUACACAAAU